GCACUAAGGUCACUGCUGUCAUUCGGUCGCUCUCUAGCCGAAGCAAAGAAGCGGAGGACACCCAGCCAGGAAGGUGCAGGAAAGACCAAACAAAACAAGCAACAUGUCUCUGUCUAACAAACUCACACUGGACAAGGUGGACGUGAAGGGGAAGAGGGUCGUCAUGAGGGUUGACUUCAACGUUCCAAUGAAGGACAAGCAGAUCACAAACAACCAGAGGGUCAAAGCAGCCGUUCCCAGCAUCCAGCACUGCCUGGACAACGGGGCCAAGUCAGUGGUCCUGAUGAGCCACCUGGGCCGUCCUGACGGAAACGCCAUGCCAGAGAAAUACUCCCUGGAGCCUGUCGCCGCUGAGCUCAAGAGCCUGCUGGGGAAGGACGUCACCUUCCUGAAGGACUGUGUGGGUGGAGAGGUGGAAGCCGCCUGCGCUAACCCCGCCGCUGGGUCCGUCAUCCUGCUGGAGAACCUCCGCUUCCACGUGGCAGAGGAGGGGAAGGGCAAGGACGCCUCCGGAAACAAGACCAAAGCCUCCCAGGCGGAGAUCGACUCCUUCAGGGCGUCUCUGUCCAAACUCGGAGAUGUUUAUGUCAACGAUGCUUUUGGCACGGCUCACAGAGCCCACAGCUCCAUGGUGGGAGUGAAUCUGCCUCAGAAGGCGGCCGGUUUCCUGAUGAAGAAGGAGCUGGACUACUUCGCCAUGGCUCUGGAGAAACCUCAGAGGCCCUUCCUGGCCAUCCUCGGAGGAGCGAAGGUGAAGGAUAAGAUCCAGCUGAUCAACAACAUGUUGGAUCAAGUCAAUGAGAUGAUCAUCGGCGGCGGCAUGGCCUUCACCUUCCUCAAAGUCCUCAACAACAUGGAGAUCGGUACUUCUCUGUACGACGAGGAGGGAGCCGGCAUCGUGAAGGACCUGAUGGCCAAAGCUGAGAAGAACGGCGUCAAGAUCACGCUGCCCGUCGACUUCAUCACUGCCGACAAGUUUGACGAGAACGCCACUACAGGCGUUGCAAAGGUCGCUGAUGGCAUCCCCGCCGGCUGGAUGGGUUUGGACUGUGGACCGGAGAGCUCAAAGGCGUACGCCGAGGCGGUGGGCAGGGCCAAGCAGAUCGUGUGGAACGGGCCUGUGGGUGUGUUUGAGUGGGAAAACUUUGCCAAAGGGACAAAGAGCCUGAUGGACAAAGUGGUCGAGGUGACCGCAAAAGGCUGCAUCACAAUCAUCGGUGGGGGCGACACUGCCACCUGCUGUGCCAAGUGGGACACAGAAGACAAGGUCAGCCAUGUGAGCACAGGAGGCGGAGCCAGCCUGGAGCUGCUGGAGGGUAAAGUCCUGCCAGGUGUGGACGCACUGAGCAGUGCCUAAACUUCCAAUCAGACCACUGCAGUGUGUGUGUGUGUGUGUGUGUGUGUGUGUGUGUGUGGACAUAUGUGUGAGGAAGAGUGUGUGUGUAUGAGAGGUGGGUAGCUCCUCAGCCAGAUUCCUGUUUACUCCUGAAAACCGACUUCAUUAGCAAAAAUGCCUCCACUUUACCAAUCAUUUAAUCUGGUGUUAAGUUUUUAUUCUUUAAGUUCUGACCCUCGAGGAGAUCAUGUCUUUACCCUCCGAUGUGUCAACGCUCACUGACUGUAACACAGAGAGCCGUCUGCCUUACAGAAACUCCUCAAGUCAAGCUGCAAGUCAUUGAAUGACCUUUUUUUUUUUAAAGGUGAAAAAUUAAGACGGAAAAAGAUGAAAUGGAAACUAUUUUUUGCCCAGAUGUUGUCCUGCUGAGUGGACGCUGAAACACAGCAGAUACAGUGAUACUUCCACCUAAAUCUGGGUUUGAGUCCAGACUGAAUCUGAGUUCAGACUGAGUGACUUGGGUUCAAACUGAGUCUGAUUUAGGGUUACAAUUUUGUCUGAGUCCGGGUUUGAUUUGAGUCCAAAUCAGGGAUCCUUGAGGCUGAACAUGAGGUUCAAUCAGAGUCUGAAUCUGGAUUUGAUCAGAGUUGGAACCUGGGUUUCUUUUGCUUAGUCACCCUCGGAGUGUUACACCCCAUCCUGAGUGUGUACACACACAUACAGUAUAUAUAUAUAGUAACGGUUCAUGUGAGUGUGUGUGAUCUGGCUCUAUCCUCUGUCCUCUUCGGUUGUUUGUCUCUGAAUGGCUUCAGUCUGAAACGUCGAUCUGUUCACGUUAAUAAAACUGUCUCUGUGUAAAAACCUU